UUUGUUUCAUCAAAAAUAACUGUGAGUAUCACUGUAUAGAUUAAAACUAUAUAAAUUAUGAAUUCUACGGUUGAAGACAGUAUCAACACAAGUAACGCAUCAACAAGUUCAUCAAGCACAGAUAUUGGCAAUCAAGGUGAAAAUAACACAGUAUCUCCAGAAAGCAGUCCUGCAACUCCUCAAACACCUAAGCCUGACGUACAAUCGAAACAAGCAAAAAAAGUAACUAUAGAAGAAUCAUGCAACAACAUGGUGGAAAAAAUUGCUGACUAUUUAAAUGGAGAAUUAUCUGCAACAUCAGAAGACUAUAAAUUAAUAGAAACGCUGAACCAACUAACAAUAAAUAAAUACGAUGAAAUGUCAACAUCCACGAAAACGCUAAUUAUUAAAAUGGAGGAGAUAAAUGAAAAAUAUAAAUUAUUAAGUCCCUACCUUACACAAAUAGAACUUUUGGAGGAGAGCGUUUUAAAACUAGAACAAACCGCAUAUAAAUUAGAUGACUAUUCAAAGCAACUAGAAUCAAAGUUUAAAACCUUGGAAAAACGAUAGUAACAUAAUCAAUUUUCCGAAAUAAAAGGAAGUGGUGGUUAUAAUUUUUAUUUAAGCUAUAUGUGCACAUUUGAACCAAUCUUUUUAUCAAAGGUGAAUUUUUAUCUUAGAUGUUUUUCCUAAAGCCAUUCCUUCUAAACUAUUACUUUUGUGUUUGCAGUUUCUUUGGUUUAUAUUUAACACUUUUGCACUUCGUUGACUCUUUCACUGCCGAACCAAAACAAUUAUUGUGGAUAAAUGUAAGAUUUUUAUUGCUCUCUGAAUGAAAAAAGAGAAACUAAUUUGAUUAUAAAAGUGACUUAUUGUUCAGCCCAGAUGGCUCGUUGUUCCAGCUAGAAUUUUUUUUAUGACAUUUCUUGCAUUUUAGUUAUAGAAAGUGACAAACUUUGAAAGAAAUAAUUUUGUAUAUACAUUUAUUACGGAUCGCCACAAUAUUCUUGUAAAAAGUAUUAUUUUGAAAUAAAUUUAGCGAGAAAGAUGUUCUUU